GAACUUCCUACAAUAGCUUCACUCCUCAUCGUGUAUUUAGGCUUGGUGUUUGAGACCUUUGAGAUGAAGCUUGAUUGGCUACAGAUGGGUUACAUGUUGAUGUGGAAUGUCAGGCCUCGAAGACGAAUCCUCGUUAGCAGCAAGUGAGCCAUCGUCAUCGGUCUUGAGGCCCCUCGUUAACAACCCAUCAUUCGCCGUUGGUCGCCGGAAUUAGCAAGCCUCUUCGCAGAUCUUGUCUGGCGGCUAUUAACUUGUCCCUCAGCAACAGAGAUGGAAUAGCCGAACUGGACACUGCUAACAUCACUGAUUGCCCUCAUUCUUGCAUUCUCGCCGGUGAAAUAGCCGGUUUUCUUUUGGUUGCCAAAAACAGAGAGAAGGAGUGCGCGUGCGGACGAGUCAAAACAAAUGGCUGGUCUUAUUCUAAGGAUAUAAUAGGAAUAAAAAUAAAUAUGUGGCUUUAUUUAGUAAAUUGGGGGCUGUGUUUAGAAUCGGUAACCAGACAGGCCCCUUGUUAAAUGGGUAGUGCGAUUAGGCCCGGUGUUCUAACAAGGCAAGCCCAAGAGGACCAAUUGAUCUUGGACAGAAGUCGAUUCUUCAUCUUCGUGUAUCGGUGGCUGCGCUCCUCCCCUUUUUUCCUUCUCUGCAUUCAGGACAGACGAGUCCCCUGUGUCUCCUCCUGCAACGAUUUUCCGUUAUUAUCCGAAACUCUUCAUACUUCGAAUCUCAAGCUCCCGCCUGGACCUUCCAGUUCUUUCUGUCCUUUUCGUUUUUGGGGGCUUUAAGAGAUGGGGAAGUUUAGAAAGCCAUCCCAAAAAACGAUAACAGAGAGUGAAAGUGGUUCUGAAAUCGACAGUGAUGAAGUUCUAGAUAAUAUAUCAUCUAAUGACGAAGAGGAGGAAAAUUUCGUAAGUGACGACGGGGAAGAGGGAAACACUGAAAGUGAUGAUUUUGGUGACGAAGAUGGAGAAGAAGCGGGUUCCUAUGAAAAGAAUGAAUCUGGUGAUGAAGACGAUUAUGAGGAAGCGGAACAAAAGGAGGUGCUAAAGAAUGCUGAAAUGGAGGAGCUUGAGAAUGAAUAUAGGAAACUACAGCAAACUGAGCAAGAGCUAUUGAGCAAUCUAAAAAGCCAUAAGAAUGAGGAUAUUUUAAAAGGUGAAGCAGUGAAAAAUCAGAAGGCUCUUUGGGAUAAGACUCUUGAGAUAAGAAUCUUGCUGCAGAAACCAUUCUCAAGCUCCAAUAGACUUCCACAGGAGCCAAUUAAGUCUUCAUUCUGUGAUUAUGGUGAUGAAAUUAGUGAAGCAUAUUCAGAUCUAAUUGGUUCUUCAAUGAAGACUUUGGAGUCUAUAUCGGAAUUACAAGCGGCACUUCUUGAGAAUAAUCCAUCAAUUACUCAAUCCACAGAUGGAACUGAUGUUGUGGAAGAGUCUCAUCAGGCAAUUGGUGAAAUUGAUGAAGAAUGGUCACAAAUUGCUCAAAUGCAUUCAAGAGUGGCUUCUUUUAGAGACAAGUCAAUAGACAAAUGGCAAAGAAGGACCCAAGUAACAACCGGUGUUGCUGCAGUUAAAGGAAAAUUACAUGCAUUUAAUCAGAGCAUUAGUCAACAAGUGAGUAAUUACAUGAGGGAUCCAAGUAAAACAAUAAAGGGUAUGCAGCUGAAUACGUCCGCUGUAGCUAUAUUUGGUACUGUUCCUAAUAUUGAUCAUACAGCCACACAAGAGGGUAUAAAUGUUGAUGGCAAUCCAGAACUACUAUAUGACGAGGACUUCUAUCAGCAGUUGCUCAAGGAAUUUUUUGACUCUGUUGAUCCAACAUCAUCCGGGAAUACAAUUUACCCUCGGAAAAGACUGCAAACAAAGAAAGUGAAAGUUGUUGACAGACGAGCAUCAAAGAGUCGUAAAAUCAGAUACAAUGUUCACGAAAAGAUCGUCAAUUUCAUGGUUCCAGAGCCCAUGGAUAUGCCUCCCAUGGCCCCCAAGUUAUUCGAGAAUUUGUUUGGUCUUAGAACACAGAGUCAAGCUUCUUAAGUACUCCAUAGUAUGUAAUAAUUUAAACUAAAUGUUCAUCAAGAUCAUAUUUUUAUGGAAUAUUGGAUUCAUGUCCAUUGUAUGUGAAAUGUUUUGCGACAGUCCUAUUUAAGGAUAUCAUUACCAUGCCCUUGUACACUUGUGUAAUAUAUCUACAUUAAGUGGCGUUUUAGUUUUCCUUAGCACUUGUGUAGUUGUGCGUUUACCAACUUGCUCUGUUGCUUUUCUUGUUUUUCCGCACUGCUAACGUUACUUUUCACUUUU